GGGGCGAAGGAAGCGACGGAGGAUGACGGAGCGAGCGGCUGCCGGGGAGAAGUUCCAGCCAAGCGAGCACCAGCACCUGCGCUACAACCCCUUGCGUGAUGACUGGGUGCUGGUCUCUGCCCACCGCAUGCGGCGCCCGUGGCAGGGGCAGGUGGAGAAGCCACCCCAGGAGGACAUCCCGCGCUGUGAUCCGGGCAACCCUUUGUGCCCCGGAGCCAAGAGAGCCAAUGGCCAGGUGAAUCCCCACUACGAGAGCACAUUUGUCUUUGACAACGACUUCCCUGCGCUGCAGCCAGAUGCCCCAGAGCCUGAUGCUGGCGACCACCCCUUGUUCCGUGCAGCGUCCGCUCGAGGUGUCUGCAAAGUGAUGUGCUUCCACCCCUGGUCUGACAUGACUUUGCCCCUCAUGUCACUUGCCGAGAUCCGCAGCGUGAUUGACAAGUGGUCGGAGAUAGCUGUGGAGCUGGGUGCCUCUUACUCCUGGGUGCAGAUCUUUGAGAACAAAGGAGCUAUGAUGGGCUGUUCCAACCCUCACCCUCACUGCCAGGUCUGGGCCAGCAAUUUCCUGCCCAACGAGGCCUCCCUGGAGGACCGGACGCAGCAGAAGCACCUUCGCGAGCGUGGCAAACCCAUGCUGCUCGAAUACGCCCAGCUGGAGGCCGAGAGGAAGGAGCGGAUUGUGGUGGAGAACUCUGACUGGGUGGUGGUGGUGCCCUACUGGGCGGUGUGGCCUUUCCAAACCCUCCUGCUUCCCCGACGACGACACGUCCGCCGCCUUCAGGACCUCCAGGACGGGGAAAGAGACAGCCUGGCUUCCAUCAUGAAGAGGCUUCUCACCAAGUACGACAACCUCUUCCAGAUCUCCUUCCCUUACUCCAUGGGGUGGCACGGAGCCCCAACAGGGUCCUACCUCGACGCUGACUGCAGCCACUGGCAGCUGCACGCGCAUUACUACCCACCUUUGCUGCGUUCGGCCACCGUCCGCAAGUUCAUGGUUGGCUACGAAAUGCUGGCUCAGGCUCAGAGGGACUUGACACCCGAGCAGGCUGCCGAACGCUUGCGAAACCUGCCCGAAGAGCAUUAUCAGCUGGAACGAAGAGAAGCUUCAUAGCACAAAAGCACAAUAGGGCCCUUUUGGGUUUGGGACACUUGGUUGAUCUCUGUGGUUUUGGAUAAAGGGGAUCAGC